AAGCCCAGAGGACUUCCGGAAAUUUCCAAGCGGACUGUGCGACAGCUGAGAGUUUUUGCACGUGGAUUGUUGUUCGGGUGGGCGAGAUGGAGACGGUUCCUAGGCCGGGCAGGGGUGUCCCGCCCAAGAAGGACAAACUUCAGGCCAAGCGGAAGAAGCCGCGGCGAUACUGGGAGGAAGAGACCGCUCCUGCCGUUGCCGGGGCCUCUCCAGGCCCGCCUCGCAAGAAGAAGAAGAAGAAGAAUCUGGAGGUCCGCCGCCAAAAGCAGAAGAACUCUCACAACUCCAAGAAGUCUCGGAUCUCUAAGAAAUCCCAGUUCAGGAAGAAGUCCCGAGAACAGAAGAAGCCGGGGCCCCAGCGGACCUUGUCUGGGGCCCAAGACCCAUUUCCAGGCCCCGCCCCUGUGCCUCUGGAAGUGGCCCGGAAGUUCCGUCGUAUUGACAAAUCCAAGGAGCUACCACAUUCUCUGCCCAAAACCCGAAGCAAACUUGAGGUGGCUGAAGCCUUGGAAGAAGAGAUAAGCGUCAAAGCUGCGCGUUCUGAGCUGCUGCUUGCUGAGGAGCCUGGGUUUCUGGAAGGGGAGGACGGGGAAGACACAGCCAAGAUCCGCCAGGCGGACAUCGUGGAGGCUGUGGACAUUGCGAGUGCAGCCAAGCACUUUGACUUGAAUCUGCGGCAGUUUGGCCCCUACAGGUUGAACUACUCUCGAACUGGGAGACAUCUGGCUUUCGGAGGGCGUCGGGGCCAUGUGGCUGCCUUCGACUGGGUGACAAAGAAGCUCAUGUGUGAGAUCAACGUCAUGGAGGCUGUGCGGGACAUCCGGUUUCUCCACUCGGAGGCACUGCUUGCCGUGGCUCAGAACCGCUGGCUUCACAUCUAUGACAACCAGGGCAUAGAGCUCCACUGCAUCCGCCGCUGUGACCGAGUAACGCGGCUCGAGUUCCUGCCCUUCCACUUCCUCCUGGCCACAGCUUCAGAGACAGGGUUUCUGACCUACCUGGAUGUGUCAGUGGGGAAGAUCGUGGCAGCUCUGAAUAUUCGGGCUGGACGGCUCAAUGUCAUGGCUCAGAACCCUUACAACGCUGUCAUCCACCUUGGACAUAGCAAUGGUACGGUCUCUUUAUGGAGCCCAUCUGUGCAGGAGCCACUGGCAAAGAUUCUCUGUCACCGUGGUGGUAUUCAGGCUGUGGCAGUGGAUUGUACAGGCACGUACAUGGCCACCUCUGGCCUGGACCACCAACUGAAGGUCUUCGACCUGCGAGGGACAUUCCAGCCUCUGAGCGCUCGGACACUGCCCCAGGGAGCAGGGCACCUGGCCUUUUCCCAGCGGGGCCUGUUGGCUGCAGGCAUGGGUGACGUGGUGAACAUAUGGGCAGGGCAGGGCAAGGCCAGCCUGCCCUCCCUGGAGCAGCCCUACCUUACCCACCGGCUGGCCGGCCCUGUGCAUGGGCUGCAGUUCUGCCCCUUUGAGGACGUGCUGGGGGUCGGGCACAGUGGCGGCAUCACUAGCAUGCUGGUCCCGGGGGCCUCUGAGCCCAACUUUGAUGGCCUGGAGAGCAACCCCUACCGGAGCCGGAAGCAGCGGCAGGAGUGGGAGGUGAAAGCCCUGCUGGAGAAGGUGCCUGCUGAGCUCAUUUGCCUGAACCCCAGGGCCUUGGCAGAGGUUGACGUAAUCUCUUUGGAGCAGCACAAGAAGGAGCGCGUAGAGAGGCUGGGCUACGACCCCGAGGCCAAGGCGCCCUUCCAGCCAAAGGCAAAGCAGAAAGGCCGCAGCUCCACCGGCAGCCUGGUGAAGAGGAAGAAGAAGGUCCUGGCGCAGGAGCACAGGGACAAAGUCCGGCAGAGCCUUGAGGAGCAGCAGAAGCAGAAGCAGAAGCAAAAGGCCAAGCCCACAGGGGCACGGCCGUCUGCCCUGGACAGAUUUGUUCGCUGAGCCAGGCUCCAGGGUGGCCUGGGAACAAUGCCCAUGCCUCGGGGCACCUGCAGGGAAAUGACUGUGCCCUGGCAGGACAGGACAGCGCCCUUUCCCGAGUGGGGCAGCGGGCUCUCCGGGUGGGUUGGUAUUAAAGAAACGUUUUUGGAUACU